UUGAACGGAUCUUGGGAUCUUGUCGUUAAAUGUUUUCUGAAGUUCAGUACACACUGAAUGUAUCUGAAAACAAGCUGAUUGAAAUCUACAACUCUGAAUGCACCAGGCAGUGAAAGGGGCUCCUAUAUGUACCAAAAAGUUAUUGCUUCGUUUAGGAACAUUUUAAAUGUUGCAAACUUGAUUUUCUUCUUUGCAAACAUAAUGAAGGACAUCUCUUGCUUCUGCUUAACUUUGUCUUCCUUGUGGAAACAGAUGGUGCAAGCUUACAAAUGUAUCUGUGGUAUUUUCUUAGUGACUCAUACACCAGAGCAACAGGCUUCAGACUGUGACACGCAGCCAACCAAGAUGGACGUAAACUUACUUGAGGAGCAGUAUGACUGUAUAAAACAGAAGCAAAAGCUGCAAACACACAUUAUUGUGUUUAAAACAGAUGAGAAUCAGUCUGUUCCUGGGGAAUCAAUGGUCAAUGCCGUUUUAAUUAAUAAAAAAACAAGGAAACAAAAAGAAUUUAAAGAACACAUUCCUGUCAGAAAGGUCGCCCUGGAGUUAACUUCCAAUGGCAAUGUACAAGACAGUUCACCAUGGCGUACACACUUGGGAAUCCACCGUCUAUUACAAGCUGAUUGUCAGAAGACUCCAUGUGAUCUUGCCCACUGUAAGAACGAACAGAUUAGCUUUGACAAUGAGAGAUUGACUAUGAAGGAAAAUGUCAUGCUGCCAUAUGAAAAAACACUAACUGCAAGUGAACAAUCCACAGUAUCACUCAAUGAACUGGGAAAUUCAAGUAUGUUAAACAGUCCCACUGAAGAGAAUAGCAAUUCCAUUUCAGGCACCUGCCAGCAGAAUCCUUUGAAGUCAGUCUCUCCAGCAAUUUGGACACACCAACAGAUUUCAUCCACAAAAUGUAUAUCCAUAUCCAGGAAGCUAAGCUACUAUCCAUUCCCUCAGAAAAAAACACCCAGGAUCUCAGAAGCUGCAAGAAGACUUGGAUUAUAUGUCUCACCAUAAAGAAAUUUCAGUAAUGUGUAAAGUUUAGUUAAAAUUUAAAAUAAAAUUUCAGUAAACUAAUUUUUCAAAGUAAUUUUGAUUUACUACCUAAAAGGUUAGUACUUUAUAAGGUAAGAAUUUGCAUGGGCCAAUCAAUGUGUUUUAGAAGUUCAUAGAGGGAAAAGUCUGUUAAAUGAGUUGCAAUGUCAUAAAGGGUAUUGGUCAAUAAAGAAUGUUUAUACCUAGAGCAUCA